CUCCCGAGGGGCUCCUGGACAGUCUCCGACCCUGUGCUGGCCACUCUUCCUGAGGAAAUGGGAUGUACACAGGUGGAGCCCCCGGAGGCCCCUGCGGGCACGCACAGCCUGUUCCAGCUAACCGCGGCUGGCUCUGGGGGAUGCAUGUUUGAUUUUUGCUCCUGUUUAGGGUUUGAGGGUUUAUGGAGAUGAGAGACCUGCGAUGAAAGCGUCUCUGUUGGAGCUGCUGCAAUCUGUGAGGCCUUUCUCUACACCAGAGUGCGCGGCAGAACUUGGGUUACUCGGCUGGGGAGAAGCAGGCUGGCACCCGUGGGGCGAGCGGAGCCCACCGGUGCUGGGCCCGGACGGACCCUGGGGCGCACAGGCAGAGGGGGUGCGGGGGCUGCAGCCUGCUUGGGGGGGCCCUCCAGGUUUGGCGCGGAGGACAGAGCCCAGGCGGCGCCCGGCAGAGACCACCCGGCAGCCUGGCCAGACGUUCCGCCCCGGCCGGCCGCAGAACGCCAGCCCGGGCCGAGGUGGCCUGGGCGUGCCCGGCGCCUGGCCAGCGCGGGGGGCGGGGCCCCCGGCGCGGGACCUUUAAAUCGGGCGCCCCGCCGCCCCCAGCGCCCGAGCCACCAUGCCGCGCCCGCCGCUGCCCCGCCGCCUGCUGCUGCUCUGGCCGCUGCUGCUGCUGCCCGGGGCGCUGGCCAGCCCUGCCGUGGCCAGGCCGGGGACCCGCGGACCGGCCGGCAGCCCCGGGGGCCGCGGCACAGGCGUUUGCAAGAGCAGGCCCUUGGACCUGGUAUUCAUCAUCGACAGUUCCCGGAGUGUACGGCCCCUGGAGUUCACCAAGGUGAAAACCUUUGUCUCCCAGAUCAUUGACACUCUGGACAUCGGGGCGGCUGCCACGCGGGUGGCACUGGUGAACUAUGCCAGCACGGUGAAGAUUGAGUUCCAGCUCCAGACUUACGCAGACAAGCAGGCUCUGAAAAAGGCCGUAGCACGCAUCACGCCCUUGUCAACGGGCACCAUGUCGGGGCUGGCCAUCCAGACGGCGAUGGACGAAGCCUUCACAGUGCAGGCGGGGGCUCGGGGGCCCACGGCCAACAUCCCAAAGGUGGCCAUCAUCGUGACCGAUGGGAGGCCCCAGGACCAGGUGAGCGAGGUGGCGGCUCGAGCCCGGGCCUCUGGCAUUGAGCUCUAUGCUGUGGGCGUGGACCGGGCGGACAUGGAGUCCCUGAAGACCAUGGCCAGCGAGCCUCUGGGCGAGCACGUGUUCUAUGUGGAGACCUACGGCGUCAUCGAGAAGCUCUCCUCCAGGUUCCAGGAGACCUUUUGCGCUCUGGACCCGUGCCUGCUGGGCACGCACCAGUGCCAGCACGUGUGUGUCAGCGACGGCGACGGCCGGCACCACUGCGAGUGCAGCCAGGGGUACACGCUGAACAGCGACCAGAGGACGUGCGCAGCUGUGAACAAGUGUGCUCUGAACACGCACGGAUGCGAGCACCUUUGUGUGGACGAGGGAACCGGCUCUUACCACUGCGAGUGCUACGAAGGUCACACCCUGAAUGAGGACAAGAAAUCGUGCUCAGCUCAAGACAAAUGUGCUUCUGGGACCCAUGGCUGUCAGCACAUUUGUGUGAAGGACGGACCUGGGUCUCAUCACUGUGAGUGCUUCGAAGGGUACACGCUGAACGCAGAUAAGAAAACGUGCACAGUCCGGAACAAGUGUGCCCUGGGCACUCAUGGCUGCCAGCACAUUUGUGUGAGCGAUGGGGCUGCGUCCUACCACUGUGACUGUUUCCCUGGCUACAGUCUGAAUGAAGACAAGAAGACGUGUGCAGCUGUUGAAGAGGUCCGGAGACUUGUGUCUACCGAGGACGCUUGUGGGUGUGAAGCUUCCCUGGCCUUCCAGGACAAGGUCAGCUCCUAUUUCCAGAGACUCAACACCAAGCAUAUCCUUUCUGCAAGGGUUUCUGCUCUGCGUGGAGCAGAUUUAGGGAUGGCAGCUGAGCCAAGAAGUUUAGGGUAUUUUCCGGAAUGUGCCUUAUUUGUCGCUAUAAGAUGAGCAGAGCUAUGCAUGGCUUUCUAACACUUUCUUCCAGUUGUUUUAAAACAUGAGUUAAUAAACUGCUCCCAGCAUCUAAUAUUCACAUGUAAAAGCUACACAGUGAUUUCUUUCCCAGGUGCUUUUCUGUACCGGGGAUCGAACUCACAACCACACGCUUGCAAGGCAGGCACUUAUGCCACGAAGCUAAAUCCCCAGGCCCUCCUAAUUGGUUCUUAUAUAACAGUUGGAAUGAUGAUGCUGUGAUUCCUUAAGGUGGCUCUCAGUUCAGAGUAAGCCAGCUGAUGGCAGGGUGUGGCUCCUCAGGUUACACCUGGUACACUGACUGGCUAAGCAGUCAGAAAAUAGAUUUCAAAAUGUAAUGUGAACUCCAAAAUCAGUUCUUUAUGAACUAAAAAGCAGAGCUCAAGUGAACACCUGUACUCCUGUGGACCUUAGGGAGGGCAUAGAGACUGUGGUAGGUAUAACCCAGGCGUGUGCAGAUUUUAAUUUCCACGUUUCCUUUCAUCAUAACUUCAUAAAUGUUGCUUCCCUCACCUACCCCGCUAAGAGAGGUUUUCUCCUUAAGCUUUAGAUGAGCAAAAAAUAUUUGCUACAGUGGUCUAAUUCUAUCAUGCCCACUCAUAAAAUUUCUGAAUUUUAAGUCACACACUUGGCAAGCAAUAGCUUUGUUUUUUUAAUUUACAACAGGACAGGAUUCUUUUACCGUUAUGGAAGGCUCCAGAGGUGCAUUUAUGUUUCCGAUGUGUGUAAAUGGUGUUGGCCUUAACAAUGAGUCACUAGAUGACAUUUUGGAGAAGUUGCAAGUGCAUGAAUCUAGACAAAUACAUCGCUAAAUUGCUUACAGUUUUCACUCAGAAAUGUGGAGAACUCAGCGUAACAUUCAUUCUUUUGCACACUCGUAUUGCCAAUGUUUCUGCUAAUAAUUUGCCAUUGUAAAUGCUUGAAUAUUACUGGAUAAUAGUAUGAGGAUUUUGUGGAGAACCAGUAUUAAUUUUCUAAGGAAAUAAAGGUGCAAAUCCUUAAAAGCAAACUUUAGUUUCUUUCAGCUGUAACUGUGAAAUGGUUUGUAGGAAGUACAAUAGUAAGUUUAAUGUUUAUUGCUGGGCCUGGUGGCACACGCCUGUAAUCCCAGCACUUGGUAGGCUGAGGCAGUGUAAAUGUUCUUGUCAGCUUGGAUUAUGUAGUCAGUUAACCUGAACUACAAAAUAAGACUGUCUCAAAAUACCAAAGAACAACAAAAAUAAGGUUUCUUUCAUUACCUUCUAUUUGGGCCAUUUAAUUUUAAAUAUUCAUAUUAAGAGAAGAGAAUGGCAUUCACAUUGGAAACUUCAGAUCUACUUUCUCAAUAGUAUCUUAAAAUUAUGUCAGUUUUAUUACUGACAGUGCAAAUUGUACAAAGUAUUUACAUUUAGAAAGUAUUUACAUUUAGAAAGUUCAUAUAAUUGAGAGGAAAACAGAACUGGAAUACUUUUCAUUUUUUACUCACCUUUGCUGGUUAUUGAAGCUGUGAUCAACAGGCUGUGAUAUACAUGUCCAAUAAUACUUACAAAUGCAGAGAGCAGUAGAUGCCAUUUAAAACUGACUCUGGCCUCAGAAAUCCACAGAUGCACUAGGUGUGAAUUUAGUGUUGAACUUCUACCAAAGACAAAAACCCUACAUUUACUUUAUCAUUUUGAUUUAGGAUCUAAUCAGAAAAGUUAUAUAGUUUUAAAAUUGGUAGAAUAAAAAACAAAACUGAGUACUUACUGGUAGUAAUAAGCCUAAUUUUGCAUAUAUUUUGAUGCGUAUACUUUUCCCUAGCUCUACAGCUUAUAAACUUUUGAAACAGCAAUCUUUUAAAUUGUGUACUAGUCAGUUCUUUUUGGUACUGUCUUAAUAUAAUAAAAAGUUAUGUUUACA